UUUUUCAUGUUCAUUAUAUUGCUUUCUUAUAUAUAUGAAGUGUUAUUCUUUCUUCCAGGCGUUCUGUUGCAUUUAGUUGGCCAAUAGACAUGACGAGAAACAAUUUGGUUUCACGGGGCCUCCUCCUUUUCUGUCUUGUCCUCUCCACUAAUGUUCUUGACGCUGCAAAUGCAAGAAAAUUGAAGCUUGCGAGUAGCAUGAGUGCUCAUGAAAUGGGAAAUGGCCUUCCAGAGGACACAAACAUUAAAAAGGAAGUGAACCUUUUAGAGCUCACGGUUGGAGGUUAUGGGGGAGUAUCACCUGGUGGUGGCUCUGGCACCGGGAUGAACGGAGGCUUCGGCUCAGGUUACGGUGGUUCUGGAUCCGGUGGGGCUGGAGGUGGUGGAUUCGGUUCGGGCAUUGGUUAUGGGUCGGGUGGUGGGUUUGGACCUGGAAUUGGGUAUGGCUCAGGUUCAGGCGGCUCAGGUGGCAUCGGAGAUGGUGGAAUAGGCGGCUCAGGUGGCAUUGGAGGCGGUGGAGGUGGUGGAAUAGGCGGCUCAGGUGGCAUUGGAGGCGGUGGGUUAGGCGGUUCAGGUGGCGGUGGCGGCGGAGUUGGCGGUUCAGGAGGCAUGGGUGGUGGUGAUGGUGGUUAUGGAGGCAACAUGAAUAAUCCUUGAUCCAUGAGUGAGAGCGAGCGUUCGCGGGCAACGGCAACUCUGUAUGGUGCUUAAUUAAUUGCUAAGAUGAUUAAAGGGACAAGUUUCUUAAUUAGGGACCCAAAUAAAUACAAUACUUGUUUCUCUUAUAUUUUCAUAACAAUGCAAAAGAUAAAAAAAAACAACACUAUCCUCCUUAU